AAGUCGACGCACGUCCGUUUCGCAUUUUCAGCUGAAUCUCGUCGAUGGAAAAUCCUCCUCUAAACAUCCUUCCUUGAUCGUUGGCCGACUUUGGUCGCGCGAUCUAUCCCAGCUUCCUUCGCGUCGGCUAUAGCUCGAGGAAAGCCGCGUAACGCGUAUCGUAAUGUUCGGCGUUGUUAAAAGAGGGAAAAACGUCGAGGACGGAUCGUCACCGAUGGGCCAGGAACAGAACGGGAAAGGAUGGAAAAACGGUGAACGAGAAGAAAAACACGAAACGGAUAGCAGAUAUAAUAUCGGCGGAAAUUUGGACAAGAGUGUAUCGAGGUUAAAGAAGAGGUUCGACUCUGGGCGGACGAGUCGGUACCUCGAGGAAACGCGAAAGAUCCUACGGAGAGGUUCGUUGCCGUGCACACACGGUGAUUCGUUUCCGUUUGUCGCGCAGAAAUAUUGCUCCACGGGGAAAAGCACGAUCGGACGGAUGUGCGCGUACUAGGUGCCGCGUGUGUGUUGAUCGAGAACUGUUCGUCGCUGGUGACUCUGGUGUUAGGUUUCUCUGUACCGAGUAAAUAACUUGGUAACGUGCAUCCACGAACACCGUGACCCGAUUACUCCACGAUCGAAUUACUUUCGGGUUUAAUUGUGCAUCCAUAAUGAAACCCUUCCCGGAACGAUAAAUCCGUCCAACCGAACCAACUCGGGAGACAACGAAGACUGAGCAACGUGCUUCACAGGAUUUAGAUGUCAGAUAUCGAGCGAGACGAGGAGGAGACUGUGCCCCGUAAAAUAAUCGUUCGAAAGAAAGGUGUAGUAACGCGUAUGUAAUCGAGUGAAAAUGAGACGGUAUAGAGGAAUCGAUAGGAGGAAAGGCGGCGACGGCGGCGGUGGCGGCGUCUUGGAGGAAACGAGGACCACCUGAUAGGGGAAGAAGGCACGCGAUCUGUCGUCGUCGGUUGGCUACGCGGGACGAAAAAUGAACGAAAGCGCGAUCUAUAUGCUCGGAUCGGAGGAAGAGUCAAUCGUUCCGAGUAAACAGUUGAACAGAAGCUUUUACAACGGCGGCUAUCCGUCGCAGAAUACCAGUUACGAGGAGGAGGAGGACGAUUUGUGGAACCUAGCGACAGAGAGGGUCGGUCUAGCGAUACUUUUGUUCGUGUUCUCGGUGGCGACGGUGUUCGGUAACACGCUGGUGAUUUUGGCGGUGGUGAGGGAGAGGUACCUUCACACGGCGACAAAUUACUUUAUCACGUCGUUGGCGUUCGCGGACUGUUUGGUCGGUCUGGUGGUGAUGCCAUUCAGCGCGAUUUACGAAGUGCUGGAGAACCGUUGGCUGUUCACGCACGAUUGGUGCGACGUAUGGCGAUCGUUGGACGUUCUUUUCUCGACCGCGUCGAUCUUGAAUCUGUGCGUGAUCAGCCUGGACCGAUACUGGGCGGUCACCGAUCCGUUCACCUAUCCGAGACGAAUGACCAGGAGACGGGCCGCCAUUCUGAUCGGCAUCGUGUGGAUCUGCUCUAGCGCGAUCUCGUUUCCAGCUAUCGCUUGGUGGAGAGCAGUCAGAACCGAAGAGGUGCCGGAGGACAAAUGUCCCUUCACCGAGCAUCUCGGUUAUUUAAUCUUCUCCUCGACCAUCAGCUUUUACGUGCCGCUGUUCGUCAUGGUCUUUACCUACUACAAGAUUUACAGAGCCGCCGUCAUCCAAACGAGAAGUCUCAAGCUGGGUACUAAGCAGGUUAUCAUGGCCUCCGGCGAAUUGGAGCUCACUUUGAGGAUACAUCGAGGAGGCGGGACAAACACAGACGCCAGACACUUGUUCCGUACCGCCUCGAGUACGCCCGAGGAUUUGCAGGACCUCGAAGAACCGUUGACGGCGAUACAAAACAACUGCCUGACCAGGGUUCCCUCCGCCAGAAUUAACAAGCAACAUUUGGGAAAGAAUUUCUCGCUAUCGCGUAAACUAGCGAAAUUCGCCAAGGAGAAGAAAGCCGCGAAGACCCUCGGAAUCGUAAUGGGCGUCUUCAUCGUUUGUUGGCUGCCGUUCUUCGUGGUGAACCUUUGGUCGGGAUUCUGCACGCAAUGCAUAUGGCAGGAGGAGAUUGUGUUCGCGGCAGUCACGUGGCUCGGUUGGAUCAACAGCGGGAUGAAUCCGGUUAUAUAUGCCUGUUGGAGCAGAGAUUUUCGUAGAGCUUUUGCGAGGAUUCUGUGCGCCUGCUGUCCCAGACGGAUGAAACGGCGAUAUCAACCGGCAUUUAGAUGUAAACCGAGUCAAUACGUUUCGGGAGUAAAUACCGGCGGGCAGGCCAGCAGCGUCAGCUACAGCAGCGUCAGCCAAAGCAGCGACGGUGGCGUUGCUGCUGGACUGACCAGUGGUGGAAUGUGACGUCACACGGGGGCCCGUACCGGGCCCCGUCGAGAACGGGCGAUUCGUUUUCGGGACACGUGAUUGUAAGCUUGCUGCCCAAGACAAAUCACUCAAGGGAAACUAGUACAAGUACAAGUUUGUCGGUUCGAACGACCACCGAUCGCCGACCACCGAUUGCCGAUCAUUGUGAUCCAGCGAUACACGCGACAUAAAAAUUCAACGUUCGUAUUCUAUCGUGUUUACGCGACGAAAAGUGGACCACGAAAGAGAGACCGAUGCCGCGAUCCGGGACGUUAUUACCAUCGCAUCGCUCCUCCUUCCACGAGUACAGAGUAUAUUAAAAUCUUACAAGAGAAUAAAACUAAUUUGUUAACAUCGAUUCUCUAAACAUCGUUAAAAUUAAUCUCGGAAACAAACGCUCGUAUAGAAAAGAUUCUUAUCCGGUUUCCAAACAGAAUAUUUCGAAAAACUAUUUUUCGUAUCGCGUCGCUUAUACGAUCUACCAGAACUGUGCAUAUGUAUAUGUAUAACAAAUUAUCGCAUUGGGAAGCGAGUGAAAGCGAUAGGUCCCGUCUACAUCGGCGUACGAGAACGUUUCCCAAAAUUUCCCUCGAGGCUGACCACGCUCCAGGUAUUCUUAUCAACUGGCCGAGGAAAUGACUAGGAACGAAAUCGAUUGCAGAAACGUUCCUCGCUUAUCAACACCACCACCACCACCACCACCACGUUAACAUAUACCAAGGCUAAUGUAACUUGACCGGCGAAUACUGCAGAGGGGGGCCCUUUCAGCCACCCACCCACCCACCCAUCACCGAUCUUAGCUGCGUGAAACAAAAGAAAAGAACCAACGUAACGCUCCAAUUUCAUAUUCUAACCAAUGUCUCGAGAAUGAAUUUCCGCAUUUUCAAACAUCGUUCGCGAUCCGAUAGACUCACUGUUACCUAAUCUCGAAACAAUUUCACUCGAUUAUCGUAAUGGACAAUCUCUAUUCGAAGAAUGAACGUAUGCACGCCGCCUACCUUCGAGCAAAGCUAAUAUUUUUCCAAAACGAUUAUUUAUUUAACGAAAAUCAAUCGCCCUAAUAUACGUAUAGGCUCCCAUCAGUGUACAUACAUUAACUAUUUAAGUGUAAUUGUAAAUAUUAGAAAAGUGUAAAAUUAAUUAAACGAAACAUACGCAAGUAUACAUAUGUAUGUAUAGGAAGCACGUAUGUAUUUAAGGCGAAUAUAGUAUAUGUAUGUAUACGUAUACACAAGUACCAACGUAUGCAUACGUUCCUUCGAGUAACAAUGAAUUCAGUAUUAUUCCACGUAAACUCCAUUCUAUCGUGUUAAAAGUUUCGAUAAAUAAUAAAAAAAACAUCCAAUCUACGUUUACAAAUAUCUCUUUGUUCUUUGUUUCUUCGAUUCUCGAGGAAAACGAUACUAAACGAUAUUUUCGAAUCAUCUCGAGUAGCCAUUAAAAUUAAAUGGACUUGUCGUUAGUCGGCAUUUCCAAUCGACGAGCACAAUAUUUUCGAGAUAAGUAAAUUCAUUUUUUUGUCCAAUAAUUGACGAUCGAACGAAAUCAUCCUCGUGCCACUUCUUUCUCUUUAUUUACCGUGAACGUCACCGAGAUUCGGCCACGAUUGCACAAUAGUCGAGCAGCAACUGAUCUUAUCGUUUUCCGAUUCCCAGCCACCGAACGCGCAGAUCAGCCGAGCUCGCUUGGCUCUUUAACGCGUAUCUUCUUCCUUUACCAUUAAUAUCAAUUUAACCGGAAUAAAUUAUACGAAUAUCAAUUCCUGCUGAAACAAAUUUCCCCUUUCUCGAAUAACCGAAACGAUAACGAUCUGACCAUUUUUUUUCUUUUUCUCCCUCUCCCUCUUUUUUUCAAGAAAAACACGCUUUUUAGAUAACGUGCGGCGUUAUCUUCGUCUCGCAAACUCGAUACAUAUUAUUGUUCCGUUUAAGCUCCAUGAAACAAAGGUAUCUAAUCGACGCGUAUAUCUUUAUUGGAAAACAUUGUUCAUAGAGUGUAUUGCUGCGUGUAUACGAUACACUCCUUGUAAUCGGAAAACUCGACACUCGAUACGUUUAAUAGUAUGUACACUUAAAACUCGUCGUACGUACCUAUAUGUAUAUGUAUCGGUGAAAUAGUAAAAUAGUUACAGCGUGUCCAAUUCAUAUUAUACAUAUAUGUAUGUAUAUGUACAUACAUUGUAUACAUUCAAGAUUGAAACGAUUUCCCUGGCCUGUACAUACAAUAUAAAUAAUGUGGAGAAGAAAAAUACAGGUACCGUGUAAUUUGUAUUAUUAAGGAAUGGAUAGCAAGAGAACGUAAAAAGUUUCGUGUGCAAGACCGAGACCGAGACCACUCAAGUACCUUUAAAACAUACAAUGUCUAUCAAUAUGAUGUCCUUUCUAAUAAAAGAGAAAUGAAACUGCUGUUACUUUAUUUCUCAUAGAUACGACUCACCUGAAAUCCCAAACUACUACUAUUACUACUACCGUAACGAACAAGUCGAUUUUUAAUAAAAAAAAA